GAAGCCAGUGAGGUGUAUGGUAGAUCUCCGAAAUAAAGAAAGAGUUAAAGGAAAAAAUACCAUGGAGCAGAGGACGCAUAUCAAGAAAACACUUUCCCUCCACAUCUUAAUUGCCCUUUUAGUGCUGUGCUUUGUUUGCACAGGACUCUGCACCGGCCCAGACCCAUGCCCCGACGUGCCCUUCUCCGAACGCGAGCGCCUCGACACCUGCCGGGUCAUCUCGAGGGGGCGCGUGUCCGAGCAGGACGCCAGGCCGGAGGGCUGCUCCCGCGCCUUUCACGUCCUUUUCACGAGACAUUUCAAGGCCGUGCCGCCCGACCCCGUGCUGCAGGUCUCUCACCCCCCCGGCUGCAGCGGCAGCGGCUGGGAUCGGCCCCACGAGUCCGUUCUUGACCUCGAGGCGAACCAGGAAUAUCAGUUCUACCUGAACGGAACCGACCAACAGCUACACCUCGUGGCGGCUAUCGGAGGUCGCUGCGCUCGCCUCCCGGAACGGAAACUAGCCAAGCGAGAGGCUUCCCCCUACGCGAUGCAGGUCAGGCUUGAAGGGGCUUGGCAGUGGAGCGAAGCCAGACACGUCGGUGACAUAAGAGAAGGGACUGACUUCAAGCUCAAGUGCAUCGCAUCUGUCACUGAUUUGGAUUUGCUCCAUGACCUCGAGUGGGAGAUUCCGGACUCGGCCAAUAAGACUGGAAAUGUGAAAAUACCACGCAUUACAUACGGGCCAGACCGCACACGCCUCACACGCACCGCUAUUGUGAAUGAAGCGAAUCCGUCUGAUACCGGACUAUACCGCUGCCGCCUCGAUGUCGUCAAACAAGAAGAGACUUCGAUAGAAAUUCGCAUCAAUGUUAUUGGAAAGGACACGAAAAACGUAUCAUUGGAAUUAGAUUCUCCAAACAUACACGUGAACAGCAGCGAAGAGGUCGACAGCGUGACGUGGAUCCUUCAGAUAAGGGCAUAUCCCAAGCCCGAACUCAUCUGGAGAAAAGGAGACAAGGUCUUACUGAACUCCUCUGCCACGCCGUCGGGAGGAGGAAGCCGCUACUCCCUGAACGACACGCAUUUCGGCGACCGCGAAGUCCGCUUGACAAUCUCCUCUCCCGCGCUCUCCGACGUCGGGAACUACACCGUCGAGGCCGCUUUCGGCGACGGAAGCGUGGCCGAUCGCAUAACGUUCGCUUUCACCAUGGAAGUCCAGGCGAAAGUGCAAUCCUUUCGACUGGAUCCUUCGCGGCAGAUAUUGCGAAGGAACGACAGAUUCCAGAUCACGUGCUUGGCCGAAGGAUAUCCCAGGCCGUCCGUUGAACUCAGGGCCAGAGAGUGCAGCCGCAAGGACCUCUGUUCUGCCGAGGAACCUGUGGCGGGCGAUGGGGGUGCCAGCUCGACCCGCCUCGACCUCCAGCUCGACACGGCGACGGAGGAGUGGCUCGAGGCCGUGGGGACGCAGAGGACAUGGGUGGGCGUGGCAGUGACUCCGGCCAUCUUCGUCUGCAUGGCGAACAACAGUCUAGGAUACAACAUGAGCAAGCCCAUUAAGCUUCUUGUGACUGAUACUGCAUGGAACGUGACCCUCCACUUGGAAUCCGUCGUGGACGGGGUCGCUCAAGAUGGCCACAAUUUGACCUUUGUGGAGGGCGACAGCUUGACCUUUACCUGUUACGGGAACAAGAUGCUGACAAGCAAAGACUUGCGAUGGAAGCUGGACGGAGAGGGUCUGCCACGGGAAGGGCCAGCGCUGGAGGGCACUGUGGCAGUUACAGAGAAUGAAACAGAUCUAUCUUACAUCACCGAGGUGGCCUUGCCCGACGCGCGGCGCAAGGAGAGUCCGUCGGAACUCAUCUGCUAUGAUGAGGCAAAUCCAGAGGUGGCUGUCAACAAAGAAUUCCGUAUACAAGCGAUGCAGGCGCCCGCUUGGAUGCCAGGCGUCUCGCCCCCCGAGGCAAGUAUAGAGAGGAGCGUGGAGGCUGAACUCGCCCUCCGGUGCAUGGCUUCUGGCACCCCCCCGCCCCUGGUCGUCUGGUACAAGGAUGGCGUUCGGAUCGAGGGAAACAGUAAGAACAUGGAGAUCAGAGACCAAGAACUCUACUUCUCAUAUUUACUAGUCAAGGACUCAGGCGAAUACAAAUGCGAGGUGAGAAAUCGCGCCGGCGUAAUCGAGGCCAAGACGUGCGUGCGUGUGACGCAUCCCGACUCCCCCCCUCUGCGUUUUGGGGCAAUGGUUACGAUCGUGUCAAUUUCUGCUGGUGCUUUGCUCUUAGUCGUCGUCUUCGUCUGUGUGAGGAUUUAUAUGUAUAAGAGACGCGUGUAUGCUCUGCGCUUGGAGGAUCAUAGGAUCUUCGUCAGAGGAUCUCCCGAGAGCCUUAACCCACAGCUCGGGCUCGACCAGCAGGCAGACCUCCUUCCUUAUGAUACCAAGUUUGAAGUACCGAGGGAUUUCAUCAUUUUUGACCAGCUCCUGGGCUCGGGCGCUUUCGGCCGCGUGUACCUCGCCACAGUCCCCAACCUCCGGCCGGGGAAUCCGCGCACUACGGUGGCUGUCAAGAUGGCGAGAUCGCACGCCGACAGCACCCAGCUGAAAGCACUGCGCUCGGAGCUCAAGAUCAUGAUGCACAUCGGGCGUCACAUGAACAUCGUCAACCUCGUGGGCGCCUGUUCAAAGCACUUCGCGGCGAAAGGCGAACUGUUGCUCUUAGUCGAAUAUUGCAAGCACGGAAACAUCCUCGAAUACAUGAUGCGGCACCGCAAGGAAUUCGUGGACCAGAUAAGCGAAAAUGGCAAGGCUGACCACAGAUUGCGACUCAGGGCUGGAUUUGGUUCAGGGGCGAGGACAUCGAGCGCCCUCAAGAACGCCCACCUCCACUUCGGACCGGAGGCGGUUCGCUACCAUGGCGACCACAGUCACUCCGGGGAGACACCUUGGUUGAACGUCGAAUACGGGCUCCCCUCGGCGGGUCCGCAGACGAGCUCGGCCUCCUGCAGCUACCGGUACCUGGCGACCGACAUGAGCACGCUCACCUUCGAGAGUAGCCUUGGAUCUGAGGAAGACAGUUUACUGCUCAGUCGCUCAGGAGCUUCCGAAACGAGCUUCUGCACCCGAACUCUGUUCCUGUGGGCCUUCCAGAUCGCCAAAGGGAUGGAGUACCUCGCUUUCAAGAAGGUUCUUCAUGGAGAUCUGGCCGCAAGGAAUAUUCUUCUGACCGAAGAUAAUGUUGUCAAAAUCAGUGACUUUGGAUUAGCUAAAGACAUCUACAGAAAAGAGAAUUAUCACAAAAAGAGUAAAGGCCCGAUGCCGGUGAAAUGGAUGGCUAUAGAAUGCUUGCGAGACGGCAUUUUCUCCACACAGAGUGACGUCUGGUCCUUCGGCGUCGUCCUCUGGGAGAUAUUCAGCCUGGGGCAGAACCCUUACUCUGGCGUCGAGUUGGAUGAAACCUUCAUUGCCAGAGUUGAGGAGGGGGUCAGGCUGGAGCAACCUAAAUAUGCUACUUUUGACAUGUACUGCACGAUGCGAGACUGCUGGGCAAAAAACCCUCUUGACAGACCCUCCUUCUCAGACUUGGAGACAAGAUUUGGCGCGAUGAUUGGGGAGGCAGACAGACAGUACUUCCUCGAGCUCAACCAGCCGUACCAGAGUGGUAACUCCGACAGCGUUUUCAUAAGUCGUCUGCAAAGUCCUGAUUACUCUGUCAAAGUCCACGAAGGAAGGACAACUGGCAGUGACCAUAGCAAUGAGGUCCCUUCCAGCCCCGGCCUGUUUGGGGCUAUUAGUCUGCCCGCCUCCUUCCCCCCUGCCAACUCGAGUCCCACUCUGGUUCCAAGAGAUCCUUGUGGUCCUGCCGGAAACUACUUGACCAUGUCCAGCAUCACCUUAGGUCAUAGUGAGCGACCCCGCACUGAAUUCAAGGCUGAGACUGACGAUCGUGGCACCACGCUAGGUUGUGAGGGCUUGGGCGGGCACAGCGCCAGUGGACAAGAGGAAGAAAUUUGUUCUCGAUAUUCUCAGUCUUACACUUGCCUUCACAACACAGUCACCGGUCUAGGUUCGGAACCGAAUGAACGAAGCACAGGCCUCGACGACGUACCGGCAAUGCAAAAUAACCCAGGAUACUACCAGAACGUAUUCCUGAAGUCAAAGGAGAGGCGCGGCCUCACCACAGGAGGCGCCCGCUGCCAGGAAACAAGAGUUUAAGGACCAUAGGGAUG